AUGUGCAUGGCGGGAGGAAAGCGCCUCCUCUUAAGAGUAACCAGUGGAAGCACAGAUAAUUUCAGGUUUUAUCUAUCAGUGUACCAUGCGGGAGAGAAAAACGCAGUUAACAAGAUGACAGUGUUACCUAGUCCCCGGGCGGGGUUGCUAAGGAAACGGCCGCUUGGCAACGCGCGCGAGCCCGGGGGCCGCCGGCCGCCGCUGCGCUCCGCGCUGCUUCGGCUGCUGUUGCUGCCGCGAUUGCAGCCUCCGCCGCCGAUCGCCCUGCCUCCGCCGUCGCCGCGCCUCCUCCCUCACUCGCCGGCGCGCUCCACUCCUCGCUAG